UCCUUUACAGGACUAGCUAUUCACAGUCACACAGAACUACUUAGCACGCUUUGCCAGUGUCUCCUGAGGAAGUCAGAAUCUGAGCCAGCAUGAAGACUGAAUCUGGUCUUUGGUCUGAUUUAUAAACUGUACUUUAUUCUAACCAUGUGCAAGGUGGAGGUUAUAGCAUGGAAACUAAAACCUUACUUCCUGCUUGACAUAACUCACUUCAAGAAGAGCACAAUGUCAGAACGUGGAAUUAAGUGGGCUUGUGAAUACUGUACGUAUGAAAACUGGCCAUCUGCCAUCAAGUGUACUAUGUGUCGCGCCCAGAGACCAAGUGGAACAAUUAUCACAGAAGAUCCAUUUAAAAGCGGUUCAAGUGAUGUUGGUAGAGAUUGGGAUCCUUCCAGCACUGAAGGAGGAAGUAGUCCUUUGAUAUGUCCAGACUCUAGUGCAAGACCAAGGGUUAAGUCUUCGUACAGCAUGGAAAACGCAAAUAAAUGGUCAUGCCACAUGUGCACAUAUUUGAACUGGCCAAGAGCAAUCAGAUGUACCCAGUGCUUAUCCCAGCGUAGGACCAGGAGUCCCACAGAGUCUCCUCAAUCCUCAGGAUCUGGCUCAAGACCAGUUGCUUUUUCUGUUGAUCCUUGCGAGGAAUACAAUGAUAGAAAUAAACCGAACACAAGGACCCAGCAUUGGACUUGUUCUGUUUGCACGUAUGAAAACUGGGCCAAGGCUAAAAAGUGUGUUGUUUGCGAUCAUCCCAGACCUAAUAAUAUUGAAGCAAUAGAGUUGGCAGAGACUGAUGAGGCUUCUUCAAUAAUAAAUGAGCAAGACCGAACUCGAUGGAGGGGCGGCUGCAGCAGUGGUAAUAGCCAAAGAAGAUCGCCUCCCACUACGAAACGAGACUCUGAAAUGAAAAUGGAUUUUCAGAGGAUCGAAUUGGCUGGUGCUGUUGGCAGUAAGGAGGAACUUGAAGUGGACUUCAAAAAACUAAAACAAAUUAAAAACAGGAUGAAAAAGACCGACUGGCUAUUCCUCAAUGCUUGUGUGGGGGUUGUAGAAGGUGAUCUAGCUGCUAUAGAAGCAUAUAAGUCAUCAGGAGGGGACAUUGCGCGUCAGCUCACUGCGGACGAAGUGCGCUUGCUGAACCGCCCUUCUGCUUUUGAUGUUGGCUACACCCUUGUACAUCUGGCUAUACGUUUUCAGAGGCAGGACAUGCUAGCAAUAUUGCUUACAGAGGUGUCUCAACAAGCAGCCAAGUGUAUUCCUGCAAUGGUGUGUCCCGAACUGACAGAACAAAUCCGGCGAGAGAUCGCUGCCUCUCUUCAUCAGAGAAAGGGGGAUUUUGCUUGCUAUUUUCUCACUGACCUUGUAACAUUUACGUUGCCAGCAGAUAUUGAAGACUUGCCUCCAACAGUCCAAGAAAAAUUAUUUGAUGAGGUGCUCGAUAGAGAUGUUCAGAAAGAGUUAGAAGAAGAAUCUCCAAUUAUAAACUGGUCUUUGGAGUUGGCUACCCGUUUGGACAGUCGACUGUAUGCGCUUUGGAACCGGACCGCAGGAGACUGCUUACUUGAUUCAGUGCUACAAGCUACCUGGGGCAUUUAUGACAAGGACUCGGUGCUUCGGAAAGCCCUGCAUGACAGCCUGCAUGACUGUUCACAUUGGUUUUACACACGUUGGAAAGAUUGGGAAUCGUGGUAUUCUCAGAGCUUUGGUUUACAUUUCUCCUUGAGGGAAGAACAGUGGCAAGAAGACUGGGCAUUCAUACUGUCUCUUGCCAGCCAGCCUGGAGCAAGCUUGGAACAGACGCACAUUUUUGUACUUGCACAUAUUCUUAGACGACCAAUUAUAGUUUAUGGAGUGAAAUAUUAUAAAAGUUUCCGGGGAGAAACUUUAGGAUAUACUCGGUUUCAAGGUGUUUAUUUGCCUUUGUUGUGGGAACAGAGUUUUUGCUGGAAAAGUCCGAUCGCUCUGGGCUAUACAAGGGGCCACUUCUCUGCUUUGGUUGCCAUGGAAAAUGAUGGCUACGGCAACCGAGGUGCUGGUGCUAACCUGAACACGGACGACGACGUCACGGUCACGUUCUUGCCUCUGGUGGACAGCGAGAGGAAGUUACUGCACGUGCACUUUCUUUCUGCUCAGGAGCUAGGUAACGAGGAGCAGCAGGAGAAGCUACUCCGCGAGUGGCUGGACUGCUGUGUGACCGAGGGCGGCGUGCUGGUGGCCCUGCAAAAGAGCUCUCGGCGGCGCAACCACCCGCUGGUCACGCACAUGGUGGAGAAGUGGCUCGACCGCUACAGACAGAUCCGGCCUUGUACUUCCCUGUCCGACGGAGAGGAAGAUGACGACGACGAAGAUGAAUGAAGACGAGACCCGAGAGCAGAAGACCAGGGUAUCGGCUCUGCGGCGACCCCAGAGCCAGUGUGGUGCGCGCUCCCGGCGGCGUGGGGGCGCCGAGGGACCCAGAUGUGGCUGGACCUGCCGGGAAGGGUGUCUCUUGUCCACACCCGGUGGAGACGACGGAUCUGCUGCGUGAGGAGACAGAGACCUUUGUUUGGACUACAGUUUGUAAAAAAAAAAAAAAAAACCCCUAAUUUUAUGAAGACAGAACUUUUUCCCUUUCAAAUUGUAAAUCUGUCUAUAAACGUAACGCAUGUGGUUGUGUGAGAAGUUGUGUCAUAGGACAAGUUGUACCAGCCUCUUCAUAUCAUCGAGAUGUUGUUUUCAGCACGGGCACCUCCAAGAGCACACGGCAGAUGACCCUCUGUUCCUCCGAGAUCUUCUUUCUUAAGUAGAACCCGACAUUCUACUUCGACCUUAAAAGAUCCACUUUACGUUGAGUCUCACUAGAGCUCAUCAGAGAUCUGGAACCUUUUUGUACAGAUUAUCCACAGCCGCACGUAAAAAUAAAAACAAGCUUUUAUUUUAUUAAUAAUUUAGUUCCUGUUGUGCCCCAUAAAAUGAAACCAAAUCUUCAAGGAACAAACUGCGAGGAAGGAAAGUAAGGAUUGAGGGAACUUCAUACAGACGUCAUUCCCUUGUUUUGGAAAGGGUUUGGGUUUCUAUUAUUUUGUCCUUUUUAAAAGCUCCUGAUAGGCCCCUUUUCGGUAUUCAGGCAUUUAUUCGUUUGGAAAAGUGCCCUUAAAAUGAGGGUUCUUCCACGAGAGUCCACACGGCAGUGUCCUCGGGAACAUUUCCUCCCUGGAUGUCAGGGAAGCGCUCGGGGCGCAGGCCCACGCGUGACUACGUCAGUUGCGUGCAAUUCGCUCACUUGACGCAGUUGACAAUGUUCUCCCAAAUUGCCACGCGGAGGCUCUUUGGAAUGCUUCCUUUUAUCCUCAGCUCUGCUUUCGGCCAAUUGUGUCAGGGAGGCAUGCCUUCGCUUGGGCUAAUUGGGAAUCAGUUAAGCAUAGAAUAAAGACUUAAAAACGCAGUAAGGUGGUAGAUGCAUUGUAUAAUGAAUUUCUCAGAGCAGUCUGAGAAUUUGUGCAUGUUGGUUAAUUGUGGCCAUUCUUAUUUAAAAGUUCAAACUAUAAUCUUAGAUAGAAAUUUUUUUAUAAAAAGUAUUAUUUGACCACUUCAGGUAUACGUUCAAUACUGGGUAAAAAUUUCAGACCUAUCUCAGGAGCACAAAGACUUCGUGUCCUGAUAAGCACUUUGUAGACUAUGGACGUGGCAAAGGAAUUUGGAAAGACCCCCCCCCCCCCCCCCCCACGCUUCCUUCCCUUUGAUGAAAAGGCCGCGAGAAACCUUUAAAUACUUGUUUUCUUCUCAGUUCUGUUUAGAUGGUGUUUGAAAUGUGCACAGCCUCUAAUUUGAUGCUGGAAUACUAAAAAUAGAAAAACACCCAGGAGAUGUCCUUUUAGUUCUUUCUCCUCUCAGAAAUGUCCAUUGAAAGAUACUCCCGGAAUGAAGGGUCGCUUUUGCUGUAUGCUCAAACUUGCAGGAAACUCUUGCAAUUUGAUUCCGUAUAAAUGAAAUGUGAUGUAAUGAUGGUAAAUGUUACUGUUCCAGGUGGGUAUGUUUUCCUACAGAUUGACUGUGGUUUACUUUCAUUUUGGUCAGUAAUUUUUUAGAAGGCUGUCCGACUACUUAGCAUAGCAUCUCUGUAAACGUUUCUCCAUACGUAGGAAUAAUUCUUCAGUGGGCACAGAUCCUGUUCUGGUUGCUGGUAAGCACACUGCCCUCCCAACGGAAGAAGCCAAAGAGAGAUGCUCGAGAGAGAAGCAUCUAGUCACUAUGGUCUACACUGCAGUCAGUGCUGUCCAGAAAGCAUAGGCUCAGUACUUAGCCUGUGUGUGGUGGUCUGCUGAGUGGUUUCCCCUGAGGUGCCUCUUUAUUUAUUUAUUUAUGAUCAGUGAUCCCGACCACACCUAGUGUGACAGGUACAGCGUUCUUCCCUGUGGGAAAGGUAGAGGAUUGCAUGUCCUAGGCUCCAGGCAGGGACAGGGCUUUAAAUGGUUUUCGCAGCAGAUUGGCCGGAAGAGGCCAGAAUGUUGGUGAGUCAAUGCUAGGUUCAGCUCUUGAGCGAUUGAAUAGCCAUGGCUGUCAUUCCCAAGAUGAGAGUACGCGGUCCUUUCUUGAAGGUCACGUCUUGGUGGACUCUGGACAGUAAUACCAGAACUGUAUGGAAUUAACUUUAUGGUUUGUUUUUUUAGGGAGAAUACAGUGUGGUGUUUUCUGUUCUAAUUAAACAAAACCUAGGUGCACCACGGACUGGAACCGGCCUUUUUGUUUCCGACUCUAGGCUCACCGUGUCCCAGACUUCGUCUGUGUUAAGGGAGCACCGCUCUCUUGAGGCAGGCGGGGAAUCUCGUGUGCACGUGUCACGCCCUCGUUGCCAACAUCCUGGUUAUGACGAGGAUGUUCAGCUCCUAUUGGGUUUCCUGGGGUGGUGGGUCAGUAACCACGUGCUCCUGCCUGUCCAGAGGAGGCUGUUUUGAUGUGAUUUUUCUGGGAGGGCUGAGGUGGGACCACCACCUUCACCCGAGGGAGGGAGGUUGAUGCUUUGAAGACGCCCUUUUCUUAAUGGGACGGGAGCGAGAGGGAGUUUGGUGCCUGGAAUUGGACUGGAGUGGUUGACUGGUACCUGCACAGGCCACGAGUACAAAGGGGUUUGAUGCUAGUCAAGAAGGAAAAUCCUUUACAUCUAAGUUCUUAACAGAUGGAAAUGCCUGAUGUUACCAUUUUGCAACAUUUCUUUGUAAAUAUCACUUAAAAGAAUUUUGAGAUUCACUUCCCUUCCUGCAUUAAUGCUUGAGCCAGGUAAUUUUGCUUUUGGGCAAAUUAAAAGCCGAACUCUCUAACUU